AUGGGCUCUCAAACCCUCGACUUCCCUCGUCUUCGCGAUGAGCCGUCAUUCGAUGAAAUGCUGGGGCUUCUCUCUGCUCUUGAGCUCAAACCUUCCUCUUGGAAUGACCAGUCUUCGACGACGUUGGAAGAUACACCUGGACUUUCAGGCUACUUGACCUCGAUACUGAAGAACUCGUUUGGUUGGUUGGAUGACUCUGUCGAUCCGGACGGCGAGAAGAAGGAGAUGCUAUGGGACUUGGCGAGUAAACGCAUAUCUGAGCGUUGCGGAAGAACAGCAAUGGGAGAAAUAUCUCGCACAUGGGAUCUUCUAGCAUCUACGGCCCACCCAGCCCUCAGUAUUCAAAUUCGAGAACCGCCACUGGUCGGUGACUCUCUCGGAUUCAAAACCUGGGGUACAGCAUGGGCAAUUGCGCAGAAGCUAGACGAGUUCGGUCAGACGCACUUCCAACACCUUCUUGGAAACAGCAACAUAUUUACCACGGCAUCUGGUGAAAUCAUCCAACAUAUGCAGACACGGGUACUGGAGUUGGGCGCCGGCACAGGGUUGCUGGGUCUAGCUGCCGCUGCUCUUUGGAGAACAAACGUCGUCAUGACAGAUCUACCUCUGUUCCAAGACAACCUAUCUCACAAUAUUCACAAGAACUCCCAUGUUUUGAACGAACGAGGCGCCGAUGUAUCCUGUGAUGUACUAGAUUGGACAGACGGCGAGAACGGGUUGAUGAAAUGCUGGAAUAAGGAGUUUGAGCUUGUCAUAGCUUCCGAUCCACUCUACGAUGAGAGUCAUCCUAAAAUGGUUGCUACAAUGAUAAAACGAUAUUUGAAGAACGAUGUAUCUUCCAGAGCUAUGGUCGCUGUUCCUUUGCGAGACGAGAAAACAAAAGGUUUUGCAACAAACCUGAGAGAUAUUAUGGAUGGAUAUGGGUUUAGUCUUCUAUCAGAAGGGACUGUGGUCUGCCGAGAUGAUUGGGCAAACAAUGAUGAAGAAGUGAGAAGUUGGUUUGGGAUUUGGGGCUUUGCUCCUGCCUAG